AUGGGUUGCAGUAAUUCUAUACCUAUAACUAAAACAGGAAUUAAUAUUGAUAACACUAAUUCAAUUUCUAAAAAAAUAGCUACUUUAAAUUGUGAUGUGACCAAUUCAUUAGAUGAUAUCAAAAAUCGACAAGCUAGACCUGAAAUAAGUUUGAAAUCAGCUAUAUUGAUUCAGCGAUGGUAUCGAAGGUACUUAGCUAGACUAGAAGCAAGAAGAAGAUGCACAUGGCAAAUUUUUCAAAAGUUAGAAUAUGUUGGAGAGCAGGAUCAACUUAAGCUUUAUCAAUUUUUCAAGGAUAUUUUAGAACAAAAACCUAUGCUUGAAACAUAUAAUGCCAAUAAAAUUUCAGGACAAGCAUUUACAAAUACUAUUCGAGAUAAAAUAGAGCAAAAAUUUCCUUUAUUUGAAGACGAAACAAAACUAAUGAUGCUUACUGCCCCUGAAACGUGUCCCCUUCAAAAUGAUGAUUUAGAUUGUCCAAUAAUAAAUUUUCCAUUUACAGCAUCUGACAUUAAAGAUAUAAUUAAAUCUUUCAAACAAAAAAAGGUGUUACCUGCUUAUUAUGUUUUGAAAAUAUUACAUUUUGCUCGAAAUAUAAUAAAAACAUGUCCAAAUAUUCGCUUAGCAGAUACAUCAAUAUCCAAAAAUAUAACUGUUUGUGGUGAUUUCCAUGGCAAAUUAGAAGACUUAUUAGUAGUCUUUAAUAAAAAUGGUUUUCCAUCAAAUCAAAAUCCAUAUGUAUUUAAUGGUGACUAUGUGGAUCGAGGUAAAAAUUCAUUAGAAGUAGCAUUAAUAAUGAUGUCGUAUUUUAUAUUGUAUCCUGACUCUGUUUACCUUAAUAGAGGUAAUCAUGAAGAUUGCCUAAUAAACCUGAGGUAUGGUUUUCAAAAAGAAAUAAUCUACAAAUACAAAAAACAUGAAUCUGGGAAAAUAAUAGCAUUGUUUUCAGAUUUUUUUCGUUGGAUACCCUUAGGUACAAUAAUAGAUAAUAAGAUUUUUGUCUGUCAUGGGGGCAUAUCAGAAGAUACAGAUCUUGCCUAUAUUCAAACAAUAAAAAGAUAUAAAUACAUAUCCAUGCUUAAACCAAUAGCGGAUAUGACUUUAAUUGCAAAUAAUAAUAGUCAAUCUUCUAUUACAAGUCUUAAAAGCAAUGCUAGUAAGCAAAUUACCUUUGAUGAAGAUGUAAAAGAAUGGAGACAGUUAUUAGAUCUUUUGUGGAAUGAUCCAAUGAAUAAAAUGGGUCAAAUAUUUAACUAUGUUCGAGGAGGUGGUAUCAUGUUUGGGCCUGAUAUAACAAAAGAUUUCUUAACUCGACAUAAUUUAUCAUUGCUUAUACGAUCACAUGAAUGCAAACCUAGAGGAUAUGAAUUUACACAUGAUAAUAAACUUUUAACAAUAUUUUCUGCUUCCAAUUACUAUGAAAUGGGUAGUAAUAAUGGUGCUUUCGUUCAAAUUGACCCUGAUCAAAAUUUGCAUUUCGUCGAAUAUUUAAGCACAGAACAUAUUUACAAAUAUUCUCUUAAUCAAAGUGUGGCUAAUAAUUCAUUAAUUCUGGGUAAAGGAUAUUUAUCUAUCAAAAUAUUUGCAUUAACCGUUUGUCUGAAAUCACCGCAAAUUCGUAAAGAUCCAUCUUUCUUCAAUACGGGCACAAUCGGAGAAGUGAUAUUCGAGUAUUUUAGUCUUUCUAAAACUCCCAUGGAUUCCAGUCGUUGUAAUUCCGAUGCUUUAAUAGACACCGAGGUGAAUAAACUCGAUAAAUAUUCACCAUCGUUACCUGCCAACUAUGCUUUCCUGCCAUCAAUUACCACGACUUUAACAUCGUUCGUCUCUCACGCCCUAGCCCUUUUUAAAGAGUUGAAACACCGAAUCUCUGCUAGGACAGAAUUAACCUUUUUUGAACAAUCCGCUAUCAAAAGUUUAAAGAAACUUUUCUUUUCAAAUAAAUCUGCCCUACUUCAGGAAUUCAAAAAACUAGACUUUCAAAACGAAGGUGUGAUACCAAUGUCUAAAUGGUGCGAUGCUUUAGAAAAUGUUCUGCAAUUAAAUCUUCCGUGGAGAAUAAUUUCUAAAAACUUAGUAAAACUGGAUAUAAAUAAUAAUGUGAUUUACAAUACAUUGUUUGAUGAUGUAAAAAGUUUGAACUCCAACAAAUUUGAAGGUGUUCCAAUGAUGGAAGCAAUAUAUAGAAAUAAAAUUAACCUUGAAAAUAUAUUUAGACUAAUCGAUACAGAUAAUUCAGGAUUAAUAUCGUUAUCUGAAUUCACAGAGGCAUGCAAUUUUUUAGGGGAACAGUCUGAUAAUAUAUUUUCAAACGAAGAUAUAAAAUCAUUAGCUAAAAGCUUAGACCUAAACAGUGAUGGUUAUAUUGAUCUUAAUGAAUUUCUAGAAGCCUUUAGACUAGUAAACGAACCACCCAAAGAUUACCAUACAUAAUAUUUAUAUUUUUAUGCAAGAAAACUUGUUAUUGUUUAUUAUUCUAUUAAAUUAUAAUAU